AAGUACCUGUAUGAACAUGGCUGCCCUUAGCAAGCAUUUCACGCCUCGGAAUUCGGCGUUGGUAACGGCAGCAGCUGCAGGAACAUUUCUUGUCUACAAGAACAUAAAUGACAAACGCAAUAGAGGAAAACAGGCAGAUAUUAAAGUGGUUAUACAUGAGAGUGUGAGCCAAAAGAAGGAGAGGGCAGCAGUCGAUGCAGUAUUUUUUGGGCGCCUAGUAAGAAUUCUCAAGGUCCUCAUUCCAGGAUGGUUGACAGCAGAGGCCUGGUAUAUGUUCCUGGUGGCUGCCGCACUGAUCGCCCGGACGUUCGCCGACGUUUGGAUGAUACAGAACGGCACAUCUAUAGAAAGUGCUAUCAUUGGUCGGGAUGUGGAGUUGUUCAAGAAGUAUCUCUUCAAAUUUAUAUAUGCCAUGCCUCUGAUUUCAUGUACCAAUAAUGCUUUGAAGUAUGGGUUGAAUGAGUUGAAGCUGAGAUUCCGCACCAGAUUGACUGAACAUCUCUAUCGAAAAUAUCUACAAGGUUUUACGUAUUACAAGAUGUGUAACCUAGACAACCGGAUCUCCAAUCCCGACCAGCUGCUCACUCAAGACGUGGAAAAGUUCUGUGACUCUGUGGCUGAGCUCUACUCAAACCUCAGCAAGCCUAUUCUGGACGUCAUCUUAUACUCUGUCAAAUUAACUGGAAGUAUAGGAAUUCAGGGACCUGCUAAGAUGUUGGCCUACCUGGCCGUGUCCGGUCUAAUACUUACCAGGUUGAGGAGACCUGUUGGAAAACUGACUGUUGUAGAGCAGAGAUUGGAAGGAGAAUACAGAUACGUCAACUCUAGACUCAUCACUAAUAGUGAAGAAAUAGCCUUUUAUCAAGGAAACAAUAGAGAAAAAUACAUUAUAUUGGCAACUUUCCAAAAACUGGUGAACCAUUUACGUCAAUUCAUUGGGUUCAGACUACAGAUGGGGUUUGUUGACAACAUCGUGGCAAAAUACGUAGCGACAGUGGUGGGAUAUCUGGUCGUAAGCCGUCCAUUCCUUGACAUGACUAGCACUCGUCACCUGAGGUUCACACACAGCGAGAUGCUGGAGGACUACUACAAGAGUGGAAGGAUGCUGGUGCGAAUGGCUGAGGCUAUUGGGCGAAUUGUCCUAGCUGGACGAGAGAUGACCAGACUGGCAGGGUUCACGUCACGGAUCACUGAACUCAUGCGAGUCCUGGACGACCUCAACAAAGGCCGAUACGAAAGAACAAUGGUAACGGAUCAAAACAAUUUGAAAGAUGGAAAAACUCAGGCAUUCAAAGCAGGAGCAGGGACAAUAGUAAACCAGGACCACAUCAUCAAGUUUGAAAAAGUGCCCCUCGUGACCCCUAACGGAGAUGUACUUAUCAAGGAACUCAGCUUUGAGGUGAAGGGUGGGAUGAAUGUGCUGGUGUGCGGUCCAAAUGGUUGCGGUAAAAGUUCCCUGUUCCGAGUACUGGGUGAGUUAUGGCCAUUAUUUGGAGGCACCAUGACCAAACCAGAAAAAGGAAACCUUUUCUAUGUUCCACAGCGUCCGUACAUGACAGUGGGUACUCUGCGGGACCAGGUGAUUUACCCACACAGCAGAGAAGAACAACUUAAGAAGGGAAUUCGGGAUUCACAGUUGGAGGAAAUCCUAGAAAAGGUACAAUUGUCUUACAUCUUGGAGAGGGAAGGAGGAUGGGACGCUGUGCAGGACUGGAUGGACGUCCUGAGUGGUGGAGAAAAACAGAGAAUUGCUAUGUCUCGACUGUUUUAUCAUCGGCCCCAGUUUGCUAUCCUGGACGAGUGUACCAGUGCCGUCAGUGUGGAUGUGGAGGGCUACAUGUACCAGUACUGUAGAGAGGUUAAGAUUUCGCUGUUUACGGUAUCGCACAGGAAAUCUCUGUGGAAGCACCAUGAGUACUACCUGAAGAUGGAUGGGCGAGGAGCUUACGAAUAUAAACCAAUCACCUCGGACACGUCCGAGUUUGGAUCUUGAUGAGCGUUGCCUUAGCCCUGUGAUAUUAGUUGAGUGAUAUUUAUUGUGAAAACAUAUUUUAAUGUUCCAUGAUACGGAGGCUCACCUAAAUUCUAAUACUUUCCUGUGUUGUAAGUAAACCGGAUCAUUUGUGCCAUUACUUAUAUUUUUGCAGAUAUAAUAAGCAUAAUAAACCUGCUGUAAUGGUAACAGUACACACAUUAAUAUGGGAUUUUUAUGGCCCGCCACUAAGUGGUGGAAGGGUUAUAGUGGUACUAUUGUCUGUACUUCUAUCUGGCUGGUCAGGACAUCUCCACAUGUUUAUGACCCUCUAUAAGCAGAGCAUGUUACACACAACACUUUCGUAAUCUUGACAAAUGACCUUGAUCUCUGUGGCCUUGGUUAUGUUUUCAAGUUUAGAUCAGUUAAGGACAAAAUACUGCAUCUAACGUCAUGCAACUUAACAUGCAUACACACCUCUUUGCUUUCUUCCUGUUACUGCAUAACAAAAAUCUUCAAGAGAGAUUAUACACACAAUUCAUAGACUUGCUCCAUGCAAGGAAAUUUCUCUUAAAAAAGUACAUGCUGAAAAAGUCUCUGAUAGCUUAAAAAGGGAGAUUAUUCACAAAAUUCAAUUAGUUCAAUGAGUUUCUCCAUGCAAGGAAAUUUCCCAUAAGCAUAUACAUUGUAUAUCGAAAAAGUCACCAAUAGCUUAAAGGGAGACUAUACACAAAAUUAAAUGUUUUCAAUACCUUUCUUCAUGCAAGGAAAUUUCCCAUAAGUAUAUGUUGAAAAAGUCACUGAUAGCUUAAAGGGAGAUAACACACAAAAUUCAAUUUGUUCAAUAGCUUUCUUCCAAAAGUACAUGUUGAAAAAGUCACUGACAGUCUAGAUAUGAAAGUGUUUACUGUUACCAGUUGUCUACAAGCUGUGUGUUUUGUGUCCGGUCUACUGAACUAAAGGACUAUGUAUAAACCAGUGUAUAUAUUUCUGACGUGUCGGUACAUGUACUGUACAUUUUUGUUUGUCUAAGACACGUGGAACUACAUGUGAUACAGAUAUUGUCUGUUAAAACUGUUAUUGUGAUUAAUUUAUGGUAAGAAUUUGGAAGUUUUACAAUUAAAACCCAAUAUUUUAAUGUGAUACAUUUUGUUUUACCUGCUUUUUCUCUUCACCAUUUAAUUUCUUAAAUAAUGUAAUUCAAUUUUAAAUGAUGGCAAUUUUUCCUGCAUCCUCAUUGGUUCGAUCAUGAUCACAUGUAUAACAAAUAUUCACUGAAAUAAAAGUUCACCUAACUUGUUAUAAGUGUAUUAGAUAUGAAAAUCGUCAAAAGAAAAGAGUUGCAUUUGGCAGAAAGCACCUCCUUGUGUGGGUAUUUAUAGAACUUAUACAUAUUUAAUUCAGGUAUUGUGAAACUUUAUUCAGAUGCAUGGAAACUAGGGAUUUAUUAUUAAAUUUUCUGGAAAAUUAAUUAACAGGAAGCCAGUAUUCAAUGAUUUUAGCAUUGAAAAAAAACCAUUUUGUCUACACCUCAUAAUCAGAGGUGUGAUUAGUAAAUUUGGUUUCUCGUAUGUAAAUUAUUACAAUUUUUUUGAGGCCAAAAAAAAAGGUUAUGUAUGUUUCAGGUAAUCUGGCUGUAAACAAUUAGGUAGGUCAGUCAGGAAAUAUAUAUUUUUUCUUGAGAAGUGGGGUGGGGUGGCUAGUUUAUGAAAUAACAAAAAUCACCAAACAUGUUUUUUUGGUAUUUUAAAUAAUACUAAAGGAUUUAAAUUGGGGUUUGAUACCUGCCAAUGAAGUAGAGCGGGUAUAUAUAGUUGGCUUAUUUAUUUCUCCAUAAAUUUAUUUGCAUAAGGUGGACAAGUUAUCCCAAAACUUUUUGGAGUGCGUUUGAGUGAGAUAAAAUUGGACCUGAAACAUACAUUUUCCAUUUUUUGGCCUGAUCGUUAAUGAAUGCUUUUGAUACAUUGUAAUGGAUUCUUUAUUUAACCUGUUACAAUCAGAGACCCAGCCUUCCUGUAGUGUGGAUUAAUUAUUGUACAUAUCAUGAACAAAGUUAAUGUAAUUCAGACUGUACCGGUGGAAGCCUGGCUGGGUACUAUUCUGGUAGAUCAAAUGUUUAUUGUUAUUUAUUGAUGCAAACUAUGCACAGGUUGAUUACAUCCAAUCUGGUAUUGCUGUCUGUAGAAGUACAAGUAUUGUUAGCUUGAUUACAUCCAAUCUGGUAGUGCUGUCUGUAGAAGUACAAGUGUUGUUAGCUUGUUAACACCCAGUUUGGUAUUCUUGUCUGCGGAAGUAAAGAUUUUGUUAAAUUGAUUACAUCCAAUCUGGUAGUGCUGUCUGUAGAAGUACAAGUAUUGUUAGCUUGAUAACACCCAGUUUGGUAUUCUUGUCUGCGGAAGUAUAGAUUUUGUUAAAUUGAUUACAUCCAAUCUGGUGUUCCUUACAGUCGAAAUACAAGCAUUGUUAGGUUGAUAACACCCCUAUCUGGUGUUUCUGACAGUGGAAGAACAAGUAUUCACUAUUGUAAGCUUGAUAACACCUAAAUCUGGUGUUCCUGACAGUAGAAGUACAAGCUUUGUUAGCUUGAUUACAUCCAAUCUAGUAUUCCUGUGUGUAGAAGUACAAGCAUUGUUAGCUUGGAUAAAUCCAAUCUGGUAUUCCUGUUUGUAGAAGUACAGCUCUGUUAGCUUGAUUAUAACCAGUGUAGUAUUCCUGACAGUGGAAGUACAAGUUUUGUUAGCUUGAUUUGUUAGAAGUGCUUACUGUCUGAAAGUUUUCACUUUUACACAGAGGACCAUAUUACUUAAUAUAGUGGAACCGGACUGGGUCAACAGCUGGCAACUAUAGGCAGUUCAAUUGGUGGUGGGUCAGAGUUCAAAUUCCGAUGAAGCCGUGCAUUUCUCCUCUGUUACAGUGGACCAACCCUUGUUCAUUGUACUGGGUGAAUGCUUGGCAAAGGCAUAUUUGACUGGCGUUUUUAAUAGUGUUGUCUUUUGGGCAAAGACUUAAAAAGAGGGAGGAGUGUGGCAGAACUGGACUGGGUUGAUAGUUGAUGACCAGGGAGCUCAAUUGGUAGAGCAUCCAUCCAGAGUUUAGAAGUUCUCGGGUUCGAAUCCCGAUCUGGCCAUUUAUUUCUCUCCUGUUACAGUAAUAUACCAGCAACAUAGAUCUCUGACUAAAAUUAGGCUAGUGUCAAAAAAGCUUAUUUUUGUCAAAGCAUUGAUAUUUCUGAACAAACAUUGAUCUACUGUCGAAACCUUGUCAUUAAAUGAAUAAACAAAUAUAAAAACAAAAUUAAA